AUGAUGAUUGAGCAAAUGCUAUCACUAAGAAGGGUGUUCAACCGCUUGAGAAAUAUACCCAGAGACCAGCGUGUGUGCGGCUUCGACCUUUUCUCUCGCUCCAGAAACUCAAUACAACGCAGAAACCACCUUUCACUACGACCAAUGGCAGAGAUGGCACCCAAGGGACUCUUGCUCAAGAACGGCAUUGCUUUGAUUCAUGAUGCGAACGACCAUGUGAAGCCGUCUAGAACCGAUAUAUUGGUUAAUGAUGGUAAAAUCACGAAAUUAGGGACUGAUAUCGAAACGCCAGAGAAUGUUGAAAUCGUCGAUUGCACCGACAAAAUCAUCAGUCCCGGCUUUGUAGAUACCCACCACCACGGGUGGCAGACGCAACUCAAAGGCCGACACGCAAAUGAACAGCUCUUGGAGUAUCUAAUGACCGGCAACUACCAACACGCCCAGUACACCCCAGAAGAUGUAUUCUACGGCCAACUCUCCGGCAUGCUAGAAACCCUCAGCGCAGGCACAACCACCGUGGUAGACCAUGCACACAUCACCGUCUCGCCCUCGCAUCCAAAACUCGCAAUCGCAGCGACAGCGUCAUCGGGCGUGCGAGCAGUGUACUGCUACACACCCAUGUACCGUUUAAAAUCCUUCGACCCACUGACCGUCCACGACAACCCGCUCGAAGAAUGGGUCAUGCGGACUUUCUGCGAGCUAGCGGAUGCAGCACCAUUUGGCGAUGGCAGAGUGAGCCUGGGAUUUGCGUGGGAUCUGUGGUUCAUUGCGCCGGAGCUUUUACAAGAAACUUUCCAGACUGUGCGUGGGAAAGGCGUGAAGGUGGUUACGUCGCAUGGGACGAAUUUUUUUAAUGUUGUACAGUUGGCGAAGAAUGCUGGCGUGCUUGAUUCGCGAUUCCUUGUAUCGCAUGGAGGAGACUUGUCGAAAGAAGAUGUGGAGGAUUUGAGAAAUGCGGGUGCGCACCUGUCUGCGACACCCAGUACCGAACUGCAGAUGGCUAUGGGCCGACCAUUGUGUUUCGACGCUGCGUUCUCGGAUGGAGACACGGAAAAUGAUCAGAGAUACCCUAUACAGGACCAUUCGAGUCUCGGCAUCGACUGUCAUUCGAACAAUGCAGGGUCGAUCAUCUCGGAAGCUAGGAUAGGAUUACAGGACGCGCGGAACCACUUCAACGAAUCCAUCGUCAAGAGAGGGCCGAGACAGCCCCUACCGGAGAGUUUGAGUGUGGAGGCUGCGUUCAAUCUAGCGACUAUCAAGGGUGCUCAGGCGGCGAAGAUGGGCGAGGAGAUUGGGGCGAUUGCGGAGGGGUAUAAAGCUGAUCUUGUGGUGUUCGAUGCGCUCAGCCCCAGUAUGGUUGGUGCUGCGCAGCAUGAUCCUGUUGCUGCAAUUAUACUGCAUUCUAGCCCUGCCGAUAUUGAGAUGGUGAUUGUGGAUGGUAUUGUGAGGAAGAGGGAUGGGAGAUUGUUGCCCGUUGAUGUUGGAGAUGUCGGAAAGGAAGCCAGGCAGAUUGUAGGCAAAGAAACUUUGGAGUGGAAUGAGAUUGCGAAGAGGUUGGUGAGUAGCAGAAAGGUGAUUGAUAGCAAGACGAAGGACGUCGAUGUCGAGGCUGGUAUUAGAACUCUGAGGAAGAUGUGGCAUAUCAGCGACCGCUUCUAA